UGCGGAGGGUCUGCGUGCUUUUUCCCAGCUCGAUCGGCUUAUCGACCACCACCGCUCCCUCAACCAUCCCACCAUGACGAGCAUUGACGACCACUCAGAAUCUCAAGGUCGUUGCGUGGUCGUCCCCUCCCUUUUGCGGUUACUUGUGCUGCAUGCAGUAAAUAAUUAAGAAAGACAAUGGAACAAGCAGAAUACCAAUCUUACCGAGGCUUGCAUACCUUGUCGUCCGCGACAGUGUUUGGAUUUUUGCAAGGAGCCAUGAUGGGAGCCGUCUGGGGCUGCUUCACACCCUACUAUCCCAUGGGAUCACUGGAAGCCAUACGGCAAGCCAACACGGGGCAGUUUCGUCCGGCACCCGUCUUUGGAUCGAUGGGGUCCGUCACUUCCAAUGCACUGUGGUUGGGAUCCAUAUUGGCGGUCCAACGAUUGGGGGCCAGCACGGCCGAAUUGACACGGAAAAAGACGGAUGUUUGGAAUGAUCUAUUCGGGGUGGCGUGUGUCUUUCCCUACGGAAAGCUUUUCCUCGAUACCGAACGAAAAGUGAUUCUACACAAUCGAGCCAUCGCUGGAUUGAUUGUACUCUCCACAGCGUAUACCAGCUUUAUUGCAUAAAUGCUUCUACUAGUCUAGUUAGAUAGAAUUCAUCAAAACCAAAUCUAUCUCUAAUGCAUGGUGGCCACCGUAUAUCCAUGUCACCAUGGAGGCACAUUUCCCAUGCCAGUUCUUUCAC